UGGCUUACAGAGGGGAUGUACAGGGGUUGUGUGGGGGUUCAGGGGACAGUCGCAGGGAGUCCUCCGGGCAGUGUCCUGGAGCUGGUAGGGGGCUCAGCUCACUGCUCCCUUAGGGUCCAGGUUCCCCCACCCCCAGCCUGGCCAUGCUGCCACGCCGGCACAUCCGUGCCAGCGUCCGGCUCCGGCUCUGCCCGGGCACACCAACAGCCCCACCCAGCCUCCUCCUCCUCCAGCACCCUUUCCCAGUCUCCUCCUCCUCUUCCAUCCUGCUCUGUCACUCCAAGCCCUCCUGAGGCACAGGGCUCUGAUCCUGAGAUUCUUCUCACACCCAGGACACCCACUGUAAAGCUGCAGGACAGUGGAACAGCACUGGAUGGCUUGGACAUCUGCGUCCCUGGCUGCCUGCCCUGCUACAAGCACACCUGGCCUUGGGGCUGUGGGUGCUCCAGAAGGGUGCUGGGACACUGGGAAGGACUGGGCUGGGGGGUUGGUGUGAGCACACCUGACACCCAGGGCUGCACAGCGACCCCAGUCCCGGCGUGUGUGUGUGUGUGUUCACUCCACACAUCAGUUUGCACACAAGGGUGCACACAAGCGUGCCUACGCACACUUUGCACAUCUCCACUCCCUUGUCCCCUGCACCCCAACGUGAACCAUGAAAAAGCCCUCACACCUUGUGCAACCCCAUCCUUCAGGGUGUCACUGCUGUGGGAUGCCCCAUCAGCCCUGUCCCCUCCGUGUCCCAGCUGGCCCCACCCCGCCACAGCCCCACAGCAGCCAGCCUCUCCCCCUGCACAAACACAUUCCUGCACACCCGGCCAGGCUGCAGCCAGCACAAGGCCACGUCAGCUCAGCUCUGCUCCGCACCACUGGCACACAGAUCCAGUCGGGGAAACUUUGUUCAAAGACGGGAAGAGCCAGGCAUGGGGGUCGCUCAGCCCCGGCGUGCAGAAAGGCAGCGGGCAGAUCCAGCUGUGGCAGUUCCUGCUGGAGCUGCUCUCGGACCGGGCCAACCUGAACUGCAUCGCCUGGGAAGGCACAAAUGGGGAGUUCAAGCUGAUCGACCCUGAUGAGGUGGCUCGGCGCUGGGGUGAACGGAAGAGCAAACCCAACAUGAAUUAUGACAAGCUGAGCCGGGCGCUGCGCUACUACUACGACAAGAACAUCAUGACCAAGGUCCACGGCAAGCGCUACGCCUACAAGUUCGACUUCCACGGGCUGGCACAGGUGUGCCAGCCAGCUGCUCCCGAUCACACCCUCUACAAAUUUCAGGGCAACCUGGCUCCCCUGCCCUUUUCGGGCAUCUCCAAACUCAACCUCAUGACCUCAGGGGUGACACCAGCUGGCUUCUCCUACUGGCCUGGGUCCAGCCCGUCCCUCUACCCCGGGCACGGGCUCCAGCCCUCUGCCCCAUUCAGCGCCAUGGCAGCCUCCCACCUCAACAACAUGAACAACCAUUACCAUUAGAGGCUCGGCCACACCAAGCAGACCUCCCAGUGGUGUGGGGCUAUGGAGCUGGGGAGCUCAGCAGGGAGGGACAGGAGGGUGGGAUCAUGCCCUACUCUCAGCUGACCCCGUUUAGAUUUGGGAGUGGUGAGGGGGACAAGGAGUGCUGGGUUGGUUGCCUGAUGUGAGUGGCUGGAGGGUAAGGUGGGAUCCAUGAUCCUGGGAACAGGUGUGGAUACCUAAAGCAGGAUGUGAAUGGAAGGGAAAACCACGGACUCUUCUCCUGGCAGAGGCCAUGCCCCCCCCUUUCCUUUUGCAACAUGCUGCACACCCCAUGAAUGUCCUUAGUUCUGUCCCCAGCCUGUGCCUGCCCUCCUCUCCCUGCAGAGAGGAGUGAGGAGCUGGAUGCCCAGGGCAGCUCCGUGCAGUGGAGAAGGUCCCACUGAGCAGGGAAAGGGGACCCUCCUUGCUGCUCCUUGUUCCCUCACCUUUAUCUCCAAAGCCUUCCUUUCCUCCACCCCUCCUACACCUCCUGCUGAUGGUGGCCUCCUCCAGCCCUCAGGAGAAGCCUUGGUCUGGAGAGCAGGUGCCCUGCACAAGUUAACUCCUGCCCAGGGCAGGGCUCUUAGGUUGGAGGUGCCAGGGCAGGCAUGGGGGGCAUUGCCAGCCCUCAGGGCAAGGCCAGAGCUUGGAGGGAGCAGAGCCUGGCCCCUGUGACUGUCCUCCCCCCAGUGCCUGAGGAACACACCACAGAGGACAGUCCCCUGACACCGUGCACAAGAGCCCGUGUCCUGCAGGUCACUUCCAAGUUUCAUGCUCCAGUUUUACUGUGGCCUUAGCUUCUCAUACACAGGGCUCGGUGGGACACACUCCACAGGUAGGGACAUCCCCAGGGACAAGGCUGGGUGGGAGGUGGAGCAAUAGAAGGGAUGACAACACAGCUGGGAGCCCCAGACUCUGAGGGGCAGCCCUGGGUUUCUCCCCCAGGGUCCAAGGAGGUACCCUCAUCCUCUGGAGCAGGACUUUGGCCUAGUGGAUCCAGAAGAGCUGGGCAUACGAUGCUCUGUGCUGGUUGCGGGGGAGGGAUUGGUGUUCAAUAAAACACAGAGGUGCUGUGA